AUAAGGUUGAGGUGCCUCAUCCGACGCCGCUGCCCAGCCUCCGCAUGGCCGCCGACGCGCGGCUGAUUUAGCGUGCCGUCCGCACACCCGCACACACACACACAGUCUUGUCCACCCUCCGCCGUCACCCGCGGCGGCGUGCCUGCUGCCGCCGCCGCCGCCGCGCUCGUCCUCCCGCCGGCACGCCGCCACCCUGUGCAUCCCCGGCAGAGGCUCACGACUCCCCGUCGCGCACAGAAUCAUGAAGGGUGCCCUCGCCUUUCUUUGCCUGCUCGGCUCCGCCGCGGCCUUCGCGCCGGCGGCGCUGCGCCCCGCGGUGAUGCAGCGCUCGGUGGCGGCGGCGCCUGCGGCGGCUGGAGCUGUCAUGGUGGACCGGUCAGAGGCUGCGGACACGUGGUGGGGGGACAAGGACUACCCGCCCUCGAUCGUGCUCGGCAUCGGCAAGGACGUCCCCUCCUCCAUCUUCGGCGUCACCUCCGGCCUCGCCUUUGCGAUUGGCGUGUACUGUGUGGCGCAGUCGAACCUCGUCAACAUCCUCUCCGGCUCCACCGUCAACGGCUUCUACGUCGCCGGCGC